CUCUAAAAGGUCAAUAAAAAAUAUAUAUUUUUAAAUGGGCAAAGAUUUGAAUAGACACAAAUGUGCCAGACACUGCGGUAAUUAUAAGCUGUCUCACUGAUCUCACAGUUGGGUAAAAAGUGCACAUUGCACAUUGGUAUUUUUAGUGACUGUAGGAGUACCUAUCAACCCUUUUACCAUCCUGGGGUAUUCUUAGAAGAAUUACACCUGGUCCCUGAAGAGGUGACUCAGGAUCUACACACAGGUGUGUACGCGAAGCUGCUAGAGGCGAUGUUGCUUAGAGCUUUAAUUUCCGGGACCUAGGCGCUGCGAAAACCCGUAACCAAGGGAACAGAACGCGAUUCCACCCCCGAAUGCCCGCUAGCGCCUCCAGGCGGCCGAGGCGCGGCGGUCCCAGGAAGUGACGUUCGCGCAGGUUCCGGUUCCGCCUGUUCCGGGCACGGGCUUCGCCGCGGUACCCGCUCGGUGCACGUGUGUUCGUUCGUUCAGCUCGCGUUGCGAGAGCGAUGGACGCCUUGGAUCGGGUUGUAAAGCCCAAAACGAAAAGAGCCAAGAGAUUCCUUGAGAAGAGAGAACCGAAACUCAGUGAAAAUAUUAAAAAUGCCAUGCUUAUUAAAGGGGGAAAUGCAAAUUCAACAGUGACACAAGUACUUAGAGAUGUGUAUGCGUUGAAAAAACCAUAUGGCGUUCUGUAUAAAAAGAAAAAUAUUACGAGACCAUUUGAGGAUCAGACAUCAUUGGAAUUCUUUUCAAAGAAGUCAGAUUGUUCUUUAUUUAUGUUUGGCUCCCAUAAUAAGAAGCGGCCAAAUAACCUAGUAAUAGGUCGUAUGUAUGACUACCAUGUACUGGAUAUGAUUGAAUUAGGUAUUGAGAAGUUUGUCUCUCUAAAAGAUAUUAAGAAUAGUAAAUGCCCUGAGGGAACAAAACCCAUGUUAAUAUUUGCUGGUAAUGAUUUUGAUGUAACAGAAGACUACCGAAGGCUAAAAAGCCUUCUCAUUGAUUUUUUCAGAGGCCCCACAGUUUCAAAUAUCCGCCUGGCCGGUUUAGACUGUGUCCUUCACUUCACUGCACUGAAUGGGAAGAUUUACUUUCGAAGCUAUAAGCUGCUGUUGAAGAAAUCUGGUUGCAGAACACCACGGAUUGAAUUGGAAGAGAUGGGACCCUCAUUAGAUCUGGUGCUGAGGAGGACACAUCUGGCUUCAGAUGACCUUUAUAAGUUAUCCAUGAAAAUGCCAAAAGCCCUCAAGCCAAAAAAGAAGAAAAAUGUCUCCCAUGAUACUUUUGGUACAACUUAUGGAAGGAUUCAUAUGCAGAAGCAAGAUCUAAGCAAAUUACAAACCAGGAAAAUGAAGGGGCUGAAGAAGCGACCUGCAGAAAGGAUAACAGAAGACCAGGAGAAAAAAUCAAAGAGAAUUAAAAAAAAUUGAUGGAACUUAGCCAGUAACUAGUUUUAUUAUAGUCUGUUUACAUAAAGAGUUAUCAGGCAUCUGUCAUUUCAAAAUUCUUACAAGAUUUGAUUGUAUAUUUUUAUAACAUAAUAACUUACCUAAAUAUAUAUUAUAUAUUAUGAACAGUAAUAUACUAUUAUUAGGUUGAAAGUAAGCCUCUUACUUGAGACAUUACAGCCUAGUGUGCCAUUUUUUCUCUGGUAUAUUUCCAUUUGUCCACCCAGCCUGCAAAGUCACCUAUCUCAUUGGGUGGAUGAGGCGGGGGAGGGAUCUCCAGAACAGCCAUUGAUAUCUCAGAGAAUUUCUGAGUUAAACUUUAGAUAAAAGGAGGAAGCCAUGAAAAGAAGAAAUGGCUCAAAGGAACUGUAUACACACUCAGUAUGACCUACCUGGAAAGUUAACCCCUUCUCCCAACAUAUACCUACAACCUCGCUUUUAUUUUUCACUUUUCAGUUGUUUUGCUACCAGUUAGAGAUUAAUUUGAGAUUUUAAGCUUUCUGUCAUAAAACAGGUCU